AUUAGCAGCCAGCCACCGACAGCCAGGCAAGACAUAAGCAAGGCUAGACAAGCAAGGAAGCAAUGACUCCAAAUGUGGAUAGCCAGUCUUUUGGAACAGUACACUACUCCAAUGUCUACCUCUCCAUAUUCGCUCUGUUUUGCGUCAAGCUCUUUGUCAAGAUCAGCCUGAAUAUUCUCACCCACUUCUAUGUGGUGAAGGGGAAUCGGAAGGAGGCUGCCCGCAUUGCAGAAGAGUUUUAUGAUUUUGGACAAGGGCACAGGUCAUGGGCGGACCGGUCCCCUCUCCACGAGGCAGCUUGUCAGGGCCGUCUCCUGGCCCUCAGGACCCUACUCUCACAGGGUUACAACGCAAACAUCCCUACCAUAGACCAUGUGACGCCGUUGCAUGAGGCUUGUCUGUCAGACCACGCGUCAUGCGCCAAGGCGCUUAUUGCAGCUGGUGCCAAUGUAAAUGCCACCACCAUUGAUGGGGUGACGCCGCUGUUCAAUGCCUGCUCAGCGGGCAGUGCCACCUGUACAGAGGUACUGCUGGAAAACGGUGCCAAGCCCCAGUCAGAGAUGUGCCAGCCCUCGCCCAUACACGAAGCCUCCAGCAAAGGCAGAAGUGCUUGUCUGGAGGCACUGAUCACAUGGGGAGCAGACGUGGACUAUGAUAUUCCUCACCUGGGAACCCCCCUGUACAUCGCCUGCAUCUCCUCAGGACUCCAGUGCACACAGAAACUCCUCGAUGGAGGGGCCAAUGUGCAGAAGGGCAGGUUCCUGGAGAGCCCGCUCCAUGCAGCAGCUCAGAAGGACUGUCCUGAGAUCAUCAAUGUGUUGUUAGAGUUUGGAGCAAACAUUAACGCUAAAAACCUAGAGCUGAAGAGACCGGUGGAGUCAGCCCCACCUAACAGCUCAGCAGAGGAGACGUUACUGCUGUAUGAAGCAACACCUCAGCCACUAUAUCAGCUGUGUCGUCUCAGUGUCAGAGAUUAUAUGGGCCGAUCUCGACUACACCUCAUCCCUCAGCUACACCUCCCCAACCUUCUCAAACGCUUCCUCCAGUACAGAUAGAACACAUCAACACCCUCUCUUUCGCUCUCUCUCUCUCUCUCUCUCUCUCUCUCUCUCUCUCUGUCUGUUGCUCUCCCUCUUCUCUCUCUCUCUGUCUGUUGCUCUCCCUCUUCUCUUUCUCUCUGUCUGUUGCUCUCCCUCUUCUCUCUCUCUCUGUCUGUUGCUCUCCCUCUUCUCUCUCUCUCUGUCUGUUGCUCUCCCUCUUCUCUCUCUCUCUCUGUCUGUUGCUCUCCCUCUUCUCUUUCUCUCUGUCUGUUGCUCUCCCUCUUCUCUCUCUCUCUGUCUGUUGCUCUCCCUCUUCUCUUUCUCUCUGUCUGUUGCUCUCCCUCUCUCUCUCUCUCUCUGUCUGUUGCUCUCCCUCUUCUCUUUCUCUCUGUCUGUUGCUCUCCCUCUUCUCUCUCUCUCUGUCUGUUGCUCUCCCUCUUCUCUUUCUCUCUGUCUGUUGCUCUCCCUCUUCUCUCUCUCUCUGUCUGUUGCUCUCCCUCUUCUCUUUCUCUCUGUCUGUUGCUCUCCCUCUUCUCUUUCUCUCUGUCUGUUGCUCUCCCUCUUCUCUCUCUCUCUGUCUGUUGCUCUCCCUCUUCUCUCUCUCUCUGUCUGUUGCUCUCCCUCUUCUCUCUCUCUCUGUCUGUUGCUCUCCCUCUUCUCUUUCUCUCUGUCUGUUGCUCUCCCUCUUCUCUCUCUCUCUGUCUGUUGCUCUCCCUCUUCUCUUUCUCUCUGUCUGUUGCUCUCCCUCUUCUCUUUCUCUCUGUCUGUUGCUCUCCCUCUUCUCUUUCUCUCUUUCUAAAUGAGAGCAUCGUCAUGAUAGAGGAUAUUCUUUAUCCUCUCUUUUGUUUUCUCUCUGUUUCUCGCUCCAUCCAUUUCAUCAUCAAGUGAAUUCAUUAUUACUCAAUGAACCUCAUAUAAAAAUUUAAAAAAACAGAACCCAAAUGCACAGAAACCCUCCCAUUCACUGACAUCUGUUUUCACUGUUUCUCUGAGGCACCUACGUACAAGGUCAUGUAAAUAUGUAUAUUCUGUUACAUUGACCAAAACAUGAGUUUGAAUGUUCAAAAGAACAAAAUAUUAACAGUGUGUAAUACUGUGUUAUCAGUUCAAAUGACACCCCCACUGCAGUGAUCGUUGUGAUCCCAACUUGUCAGAAAGUUGCCUGCAAAGAUGUGUACUGGUGUAAAUCAUGUUUUUCUGCACAAUACUAUCUAAGUCAAGUUGAUCACCUUGCAUGUCACUUUGGUUUUGUGUCCAAUAUUCCUGUCCACGCCAUACGUUUAACUGCCUAAUAUUCAUUGACCCAAAUAAUGAAAGGGGCCAUUGCAUGUUUAAUGUAAUGUAUAACUUAAUGUACACAAUUCAUGUUCUGUCAUCUUGUUUGAAUGAGCUGCCUUUAUGCUAUCAAUGAUGCAAACAAGAUACCAUCAUGUACCUUAAUGUACGGUGUUAUCUUGUUUGCAUCAUUGGUAGCAUAUAUUUUUUAUAAAUUUAUUUUAUUUGACCCUUAUUUUACCUGGUAAGUUGAGUGAGAACACAUUCUCAUUUACAGCAAUGACCUGGGGAAUAGUUAUAGGGGAGAGGAGGGGGGAUGAAUGAGCCAAUUGAAAGCUGGGGAUGAUUAGGUGACCGUGAUGGUAUGAGGGACAGAUUGGGAAUCUAGCCAGGACACCGGGGUUAACACCCCCUACCCUUAUGAUAAGUGCCAUGGGAUCUUUAGUGACCACAGACCACACCCAUUUAACGCCUUAUCCAAACGACGGAUAUAUGCAGCUCAUUCAUUACACAUUGACAUGUGUACAUUAAAGAUUCAUUGACUCUGGAAAAAGUAAAAAAUAUUCUAAAUUGUACCCAUGAUACUCUGAUUGUGUCUGUCCUAUAUGAGGCUCUUAUGAUGUGAAUAAUAUUGUAUUUCAAUUAUUGUCUUAUAACAUUAGCCAACUAAUAUAUAUAUAUUAUAUAUAUAUAUAUUAACGUGACCUGUAUAUAUAUAUAUAACUCACUGAAAAAUGUAUAGUAUUUUGCCAAAACUCAUUUCACAUACCUCUCACCUGUUUCACUCUAAUAAAUAAGAAUUUUAUUCCAUGAUGUGGUUGUCUUGGAGAUUAUACUUCUGGCAUUUUUCGGGCUAUGGUU